UAGCUAUACUUGCUACAAUAAAGUAAAAUUAAGUUUAAUUUAAAAGUUGUCUUUUAUAGUAAGUCUAUAAUUAAUAUGGAGAUUUGAAAUGAAAGCUUUGUAAUAUGGGUUCUUAGGAUUGGUUAUGUAGAAUUUGGGCCUUAUUUCUUGUUUUGGUAAAGUCUUGAGCUGUGUUCAUGGUAUUCUUAUCCUUGACUCUCUACCAACAGACUUUGGAGCUUAUUCAGCAAGAGAGAGUUGGGUUAUCUUCCAAACUCUCAGAGAAGAGAGCCUACUAUAGCAAGGUUGCGGAGGACAUGAAUGCCAAAUUACAGAAGCAACAGGAAUGGGUCAGUAGUACUCGGAAUAUUAGCAGGGAACUGCAAAAGCAUGACUUGGUCACCGGAAAGGUGGUGGGGGAAAUAAGUAAAGCUGAAGGCAUGGCUCUAUACUUUAGUGUGGUGUUUGACACAACGUUUUACGAAAAAGGACUCUUAAACUCCACCAAAACUUUCAGGAGAAUCUUUUUCUUUGCUUCUACCAAAGCAAUUUUCUUAAAAGAAGAGAGAUAAACAUGUUCAAAUAACUCGACACAAAUUUGAUAGCAACGCAUGAUCAAACCAAUGUUCUUGUAUUUUAAGAUGCAUUAGAGUUGUGACUGUCUAUCACAUUGUUGGACUGUUUCUAAGAUAGCAUGGCUUGGUUUAAUUUCUCAAAUUGAGAACCAAUUGAGUUUUGUUCAGCAGUUUAAGCUUAAACUCAAACCACCCCAUGAAUACCUACUUAUAUCUGCUUACUGUAACUAAAUCAGUAAUGAUUGAGAUACCUUGGUUUUGUCAAGGCUGAACAUUG